AUGAAUCUCAACAAUCUUGAUCUGUCCUAUAACAUUCUUACAGGUUCUAUCCCUCCUACUUUAGGAAAGUUAACCAAGCUUACCGUAUUGUCCGCUAUUUACUGUCAAUUAUCUGGUUCGUUGCCUCAAGAAAUGACAAACAUGACAAAUCUUUCUAAACUCUACUUGAGUGGCAACAGCCUCUCUGGCUAUUUACCUCAGUUAUGCCAGGGCGGAUCUCUUCAAUUCUUCAGUGCUGUUGGCAACCAUUUCACUGGUGAGAUCCCAAAAAGCAUCAGAAAUUGCACUAGCUUAAUAAGAGUGCGACUUAAUGGAAAUCGACUUGCUGCAAAUGUAUCGGAAGUCUUUGGUGUAUACCCGCAUCUCAUAUUCAUGGACAUCAGUGACAACAUGUUGUUUGGUGAACUCUCACCAAAUUGGGGAGAAUGCCAAAAUUUGACAAAGCUACAAUUAUCCGGGAACAUGAUCACCGGUAGAAUUCCUCCUGAGAUAGGGCAGUUGACGCAGCUAAGUGUGCUUGGUCUUUCUUCAAACCAGCUGGUAGGCAAGAUUCCAAAGGAAUUUGGGAGGCUGACUUCUUUGUUCAACUUAACUUUAAAUGAAAACCAGCUUUGUGGUCAGAUACCCCAAGAGAUUGGAAAACUAUCCAAUUUGGAGGUUCUUGACUUGUCAAUGAAUCACCUAAGUGGUCCAAUACCACCUCAAUUAGGUGAUUGCUUCAGACUCCAAUAUCUGAAAUUGAGCAAAAAUGUUUUAAAUGGAAGCAUUCCUUUUCAGAUCGGUAACCUAGUAUACCUACAGGGUUUACUAGAUCUAAGUCAUAACUCCCUCAAUGGACAGAUAUCACCACAACUCACGAAAUUGAUUCGGCUGGAAAAGUUAAACCUCUCCCACAACAUGCUGUCGGGCUCCAUUCCACCUUCUUUUGAAGGGAUGUUUAGCUUGCAAUCCAUUGAUUUUUCAUUCAAUGCUUUGGAAGGUCCUCUUCCCAACAGCAAAAGCUUUCAGAAGGCUCCUGCAGAGGCAUUCAUAAAUAAUAAAGGCUUAUGUGGUGAAGUCCAAAGUUUGCGACUUUGCAAUGCCUCUUCAAUCAAUCGUAGUGAUACGAUGAAAGGUCACAGAGUUGUGAUCCUCAUUAUUCUUCCUGUCUCAGUGGCCUUGUUUCUUUUAUUUGUAAUCGUUGGCAUUUCUUAUAUUUAUUACCAAAGAAGAAGAAAUAUAAAGAAAGAGGUUCUUGAGAGAAGCAGCGGAAAUCCAUUUUCAAUAUGGAAUUAUGAUGGGAUUGCUGUGUUCGAAGACAUCGUGGAGGCAACAGAGGGUUUUGACAACAAAUACUGCAUUGGAAUUGGAGGGUAUGGAAAAGUUUACAAAGCAAAUCUACCAAUGGGUCAAGUAGUAGCUGUGAAGAAACUUCACCUACUCGAAGGAGGGGAUCAAUCUGAUCAAAGAAGUUUUAGAAAUGAGAUACAAGUAUUAACUGAAAUUCGCCAUCGCAACAUAGUGAAGCUUUAUGGCUUUUGCUGCCAUGCUCGAUGCUCGUUUCUCAUCUAUGAGUACAUGGAAAGGGGAAGCUUGGCAAGUAUCCUCAGCAAUGAUGAAGGAGCUGCACAAUUGGACUGGACUCUAAGGGUGAAGAUUAUUAAAAGUGUGGCCCAUGCUUUAUCUUAUAUGCACCAUGAUUGCACCCUGCAAAUUGUCCAUCGAGACCUAUCAAGCAACAACGUUCUGCUGAAUUCAGAACUUGAGGCUUGUGUUUCUGAUUUUGGCACUGCACGAUUGCUGAUACCUGAUUCAUCCAAUCGAACUAUGCUUGUAGGCACUUAUGGAUACAUCGCUCCUGGUUAGUCACUAAUAUAUUCUCAACACUGAAUAGUUUUAUCAUAAAUUAGCCUUUAUUUUUCUUAAUAUUUUCUAUUUUUUGUUGAAAUUAUUUACUAUAAAAUUUGUGCAUUAGUUACCACACUAUUGUCAAAUGGGGCAAUAUUCUAAGGCAACUAGAAUAUGAGAAAAUUCAUAUUUGAAAAUCUUAAGAAACUUUCACCACAUCUUAUUAGCUAUUAAAUUUCUGGCAUUGACCAUUUUUAACUGUACAUUUGUUGGCCACCAAUCGGUUGGAUAGAAUCCCUCCAUAAGUGUUAUUUCUGGGAUCUUCUCUAUCUACAACAUGGGUCAUGUUUCCAGAUGGUCUGGAUUGAUUUACAUGCAUACCAAGUUUAGAUGGAUGAACAACGGGUGGUUAAUAAAUGAUUGAAAAAGCUCAUGUCUU